UAUCUUCAAAUGAUGUUACUCCGUAAACAAACGACAUUCAACUUGAAGGAGUAUAUUCAACAGCCAGGCAGCUGAUCUGUAGCAGUGGCUUGCAAGUGGUAUACUCCAUGACGAUGAUCCCAUAAUAAUACGUGGUGUCCUGGUCCUCUCCAGCUCAAAACUAACCCAUAACUAGCCCUGAGCUCCCAACUGCGCGUCCUGCGCAUGGAGGAGUCCCCGCAUACAGGGCUUUCUAAACCGCGGCGUAUACCUAUGGAGCUGUUUUCUGUUAACAUCUAUGAAACCUAGGAUUAGGUGUAGCAAGGUUUAGCAAUGGUAGCCAAUAUCAACUCUGAUAGCUUGAGAGAGCUCCGGUACCGCCUUGAAGAUGCCGCGAUUAAAUGCUCCGAGCGGUGUCUAUACCAGUCCGCCAAAUGGGCUGCGGAGAUGCUUGACUCCUUAGUUUCUUUCGAAGAUAUCGAUGACGGCGCAGAUACUGAUCCCGACUCUCUAAUGGAGAUACCUCCUCUCUCACCACCCAACCCAUUUCUACAAACACAAGACCCCGAGGAAGCCGCCUUGGAAGCUCGGGAGGCUAGCAAAUAUAUCCUUGCUAAAUCGUACUUCGACACACGGGAAUACGACCGGUGUUCUGCAGUUUUUUUACCCCCUUCGACCUCGGCCAUCCCACAUGCUCCCGUCUCUGCAAACAAAAAAUCCAAAGCCCCAGUUACCCCCCAAAAAUCAAAGGGAAAAUCUGCUUCUUUUGGAGGAUCAACUAGCCAUGCUACGCCUCAGAACCCCUUUCCACGAUUAAGCCAAAAGUCACUGUUUUUGGCUCUGUACGCUAAGUAUCUAGCCGGAGAGAAACGGAAGGACGAAGAAACGGAAAUGGUCUUGGGCCCAGCAGAUGGAGGCAUGACCGUAAACAGAGAACUUUCUGGCUUGGCGCAACGUCUCGAGUCAUGGUUCUCCGAUCGGAAGGCAAGGGGCUUGGAGGGACAAGGACACGGCUGGCUGGAAUACUUAUAUGGAGUUAUCUUGCUGAAGGGGAAAAACGAGGAAGAGGCCAAAACGUGGCUGAUUAGGAGCGUCCAUCUAUAUCCCUUUCAUUGGGGAGCCUGGCAAGAAUUAAAUGACCUCCUUGCCAAUACCGAAGAUUUGAAACGGAUUGCUGACCAGCUCCCUCAAAAUAUAAUGACCCUUAUAUUCCACCUCUAUUGUAGCCAGGAGCUUUAUCAGGCUACAGAAGAUACACACCACAUGCUGACGGAGCUCGAGAAUAUAUUCCCCAACAGCGCAUUCCUUAAAACCCAAAGAGCUCUGCUGUUUUAUCACUCGAAAGAUUUCGAGGAAGCGUCUGACCUUUUCUCUCAACUCUUAAUCACCAAUCCUCACCGUCUUGACAGCCUCGAUCAUUACUCCAACAUCCUUUAUGUCAUGGGUGCGCGACCUCAACUUGCCUUCGUAGCCCAAAUAGCGACUGCUACGGAUAAAUUUCGCCCAGAAACUUGCUGCGUGGUAGGCAACUAUUACUCUCUCAAAUCCGAACACGAAAAAGCGGUUAUGUAUUUCCGGCGCGCCCUAACGCUAGACCGCAACUUCUUGUCCGCCUGGACCCUAAUGGGACACGAAUAUAUCGAAAUGAAAAACACUCACGCCGCUAUCGAAUCUUAUCGACGCGCUGUCGACGUUAACCGAAAGGACUAUCGCGCCUGGUACGGCCUCGGACAAGCGUACGAGGUUCUCGAUAUGGCAUUCUACGCCUUAUUCUACUACCAUCGCGCUGCUGCUCUGCGCCCUUACGACCCCAAAAUGUGGCAGGCCGUCGGCUCAUGUUAUGCAAAAAUGGGACGUACCGAACAGAGUAUUCGAGCCCUUAAACGUGCUCUGGUUGCAGGAUCAUAUUAUGAAGCAGGCGGUGUUGGAGGUGUUGGCUCGUUUAAUAGUGCGGGCUCAGCAAGCUCCCGGCAUCCAUCCCAUGGGGGUGCUGCAUCAAGUACAAAACGCUUCCUUGAUCCGGAUACAUUACAUCAAAUUGCGACACUUUACGAACGUCUUGGUGACGAAGAGGAGGCAGCCGCAUACAUGGAACUUACCCUUCAGCAGGAAACGGGACAGGUGGAUCCGGACGACGAGGCUGCUGAUGACGACAAUGACGAUGACACCGAUGGGGACGGUGGUGGAAGUAGAGCUGAUGCACGUCGCGUUUCUUCGUUCACGCAGCGUUCUGGUGAUGACGCGGAUGAUGAACCAACUGGUACGGGUGUCACUGCUACGACAAGUAAAGCGCGCUUAUGGUUGGCACGCUACGCGCUGAAGCACGGCGACUUGGACCGGGCUGAUUUAUUGGCCGGUGAGCUUUGUCAGGAUGGGAUUGAGAUUGAAGAAGCGAAGGCAUUGAUGAGGGAUGUUAGGGCGAGGAGGGAGGGUGAUGGGAUUUAAACAAUUAAUAAUGCAUACCCCUCCCGUGUAUUUGUAUAGUCCCAUGGUUUACAACAUGACGUUUUAUUUUUUUCUUAUUAUUGUAGGUGUUACUCAAGGUUUAUUUCCAAAAAGGGAGGAGGGGAUGGUGGUUUUUUUUUUUUUUUUUUUUUUUUUUUUUUGCAGAUACCAUGGUGCGAAGCUAUUUAUUCCAGGGGUUCUGGAAACUCCAAACGAAUCGCGAAUGCGGCGUGAGUUAUUUUUUUUUAUAGUAUUAUUAACUGCUAUUACUAUUAAUUAAUUAUAGGCGCCGCUAUCUUGACCCAAUGCCAAUUAAUGCGAAGAUCGAAAUAAAUGUGAAACUGCACUGCUCAUUAUUAAUUAUUCAUUAAACAUCGC